AUGUGCCGGCUCGGGGAGGCACACGACGUAGUCUUACCAUGACGCAUCCACUGGGCCCGGCGCUUCUGCCCCGAAGUCGGCUGAGUGGUGUCAGUGGACGGCAGAGGUGUUCCUUAAAGCCCUUUCUACACAAAGACACCCAGCAAGAACUGAUGAACCCCCAUAUCUCAGCACCGCCAAACCACUAGGCUGCGCACCCAGCAUGGAGCCCACGUGGGGCUCGAACUCAGGAUCCUGAGAUCAUGACCUGAGCCGAGAUCAAGAGUUGGAUGCUCCAAGGACUGAGCCGCCCAGGCGCCCCAUCACCUAUUUUCAACCAUCCCCACCUCUGGAAACCAUCCUUGAAAGGAACGUCACAGCGCCCCUGGGUCUGGGCAGCGUGGAGCGUGGUCCCCUCCAGAGAGGUGCGCAGAUCUGCGUCCUGUGUUGGGACAGCACCAAUUGCCUCUCACAGAGAGACAGGGCCCCGCACGGCUGAAGGACCCCUCCUUCACCUGUGCCAGACUGGGGGGCAGGGAACCAGAGAGAUUGAAGAUGUUUCUUACUGACACAGACUGGACAAGAAUGUUAUUUAGUCUCUGGUGUGUGACAUGCGCCGUCUGGAGGACAGUCACCAUCUGCCACCGUGCAGUGCCAUCGAGGUGUCACUGGCCGAGCUCCCUCCAUGCACGUCUUUCUGAAUGGGGUCGACUCUGUCUUUCCCUGCACGAUGUCCAUGCCGACAUGUUCUUGAGCUGGUGUGAAGGUGCAAACCAGCCACACCUUCCCCAGCCAACGUUCACCUCACUCGAGUGCCCUAGACCCCACCCCGGUGGCGGUUCGGGCUUCACCUUCCCGGCAGUCCCGAGUUUCCAGGAAGGAGGGGCCCCUCCCCUCUGGCCCAGGGCUCCCGACUCGCGCCGGGGAGAGCCUUCACCGAAGGCCUUCUGCCUGGACAGCCCAGAGGACGGCCUGGAGGGGCAGCACGAGGGGAGGCGAGUGGUCUGGAGAAGUGGCAGUGAGAAUGUUUAAGGCAAGGGCGGCCGUCUUGGGCUCCUCUUUGGAGACGCUCUGAAAGGAAGGAAGAGGCGCUCGGACUUUGCCCGGCCGGGGUUGGCCCUACACGCCCUCUUUCUCUUUCGUGCUUUGAUCGUGGAAUCCAUGUUGCCCAGGAAAGGACACUGACCGAGAGGGAGAGACAUGGAUGCCGAUGGCCGCAGCCACACGCUGCCACCGUGGCCCCCAGGCUCCUGCAGUCCCGGGUGGGCGAGGAUGCCUGAAAAUAUCCCCUUCUCUCCGCUGCCCACCCGUCGGAGACAGUCAGCUUUGAGGCUGAGGAUGUCUUGCCUUCCGGGCACUCUGAGCUCUGCAAAUACAGAAGGCUCUGGAGAGGACAACAGAAGUGGCUGCGAAUCGUCUGCUGGCGCCCCACGCGGGACAGAUCAAGAGAGGUUUUCAGAGGCUGGAGGGUGUGCGUCGGGGCCUAGCAGAGACCUCUGCCAGGUGCAGACCCAUGGGGUGCAUGACUGGGCCGCGGCCCUGGUCGCAGACAAUGGGCAGUUGUCGGACCCCGGGGGGCCGAGCCAUGCCUCCUCUGCUGCCCAUGGACUGUCCCCCUCCAUCAGGGCCUUCUUGUCCUGGUGGUCUGUGCACAGGCCCCUCCAGAACCACACAGGAGAAGGGGGGCCUGUGGACAGGAGGACCGCCUGGGCCAUGGUGCCUCCGUGGAAGGACCUCGAGGGAGAGCGCGUCUGCCCCACCUGCCAGCAGCCCCUGCGGGGGGCCCUGAGCUCAGAGGGCACACCCCUCUUCUAUCCCGACCCCCUGCUUCUGCCCACUGCCGAGGCCUCGGCCUCCGGAGUCCUCUGCCGCCCCCUGCACCGGCAGCCCUGUUCCGAGGAGGUUCUGGGAGACGGCGUGGUCGGCCUCUGCGAGGUUCCGGUGGAGGCUGAGCGGGAGAGCCUGCAGCAGGAAGCCCCCCUCGGGCAGCGGCCAGACCAGCCCAAGAACAGGCCGCUCCUGCUGGACGACAUGCUGGUCCUGGUGGCCCUGUGCCUGCAGGACUUGAAGCUCAGAGAGUUCAUGAAGGUCGGCGACUUCCUGGACAGGAACACUCCGCAGAGUGGAGAGGGCCUGCAGCAGGAGAGGAUGCUGAGCCCCCUGCUGCCGUCCUGCGUGGCUGCCACCAGCUGUUUCCUGGACCGCCCAGGCUCACCCCAACCCCCACCCCCGCCUCCCAACUCCCCCUCCUUCUGCUAGGCCAGUCCCCCAGGAGGCAGGCCCAGGAGGUUCUGGGCCCCCGCAUCUCCCGAGCAGGACCCCCUGGGCUCGUCCCCGCCAGUCGGACCAGAUGCCUGAGCCUCCUUCCCGAGACUUGCUCACGCUCGCAGCUGACCCCGCACACGUCAGGCCUGAGGCCGCCAUGCUGCCCGCGAGCAGACGGCAGGGCCUGCGUCUCCCCAUGUCGUGCUAGGGCAGGAGCGCCCCGUCCCCCACAUGCGCUCCAGGGCUCCAUGACCCCUUCCCACGAGCAGGACUGUGGCUAGACUGCGCAACUACAAAGGGCAUGGAGUGUCCCUCUGGUGGCUGCGCUACCCUGUGUGGUCACGGCAGGCAGGACUCCUCGGACACCGUCCGCGCUGGGCCGAUGAAGCACGAGGGCCGGGCCGGGGACCCGCAGGCGGCCACUCGACUGGCCACAGCCUCCGGCCCUCGGCCCACAGGGAGCAGGGCCCUCAGGCCAGGCUGCAAAAGCACCAGUUCGGCCUACGGUGUGAGCCCAUCCCAGGCACUCGGACCCCGACACCGGGACGGCGGUCCCCGCUCCUGCCCGCGGCAGCAUCCUGCUGGCCCAGACACUCGGACGCCGGACGCCGACGGUGGUCCCCGGCCGGACUUGGACCCGAACCCCCACGUCCGCGUGUGCGACGAGUCUUGUGCACCCUUGCCCUUGGCUCUGCGGGAACCUGGCCGGGGGCUCAGCCGCACGGGCCUCGUUCUGUCACGUGCACGGUGGGGCUGCUCCCGCGGGCACCACCGCGUCGGGAGGAUUAAAUGAGGGAACAUCUAGAACACUCCGCGUGCUGCGAGCUCUCCCUCUGAGCCUGGCCCCUCCCCACCGGCCAUGGCUUCCCCGUGAGGCCUGGCUGUGGCGGAAAACCCCUUUUCCUCCUUCACCCGUCAGUUCUAACAAAGCUCUUCUUUGGAACGA